AUCUAUAUAAAACUGAUGCACUUUACUUGCAGAAUAAUUCAAUACAUGCAAUCAUUAAAAAUAAUAUUGCUAAAAAGUUCAAGCCUCUUCUGCAAGAAGGAAAAUUUUAUGAACUCUCUUAUUUUCAAGUGGUUGAUGGCAAUGCAUUGUAUAGACCAGUAGACAAUGACAUCAAGAUCAUGUUCACAUUGAAAACUAGCAUUAAGGAAAUAAAGGAGGUUGAUGUUGAUAUACCGCGUCAUAAAUUCGAAUUUGUUGACUACAAUAAAAUACAUGAACGCGUUAAUAAACAUGUCCAGCUAUCAGAUAUCAUUGCAAAUGUGAUUGGUGUUGGACCGAUUGAGCAACCUUGCAUCAAAGGAUCAAAUGUCUUGAUGAGAAACAUAAAUGUCAUGACUAUAGAAGGACAUGAAAUAAAGCUUACACUUUGGGGAUCAGUUGCAAAUGAAGUUGAGGAGAGCUUCUUUACUGAAAAUCCAGGCCCUUUUGUCAUAAUAGCUACAUGUUUGACUGUCAAGACUUUUAAAGGCAAGUUCAUUUCUCUUUUCUAAUUCUC